GUAGGUGGAUAUCCUGUUUAUUGAUUUAUUUUCUUGUGUGUGGAAUGGUAGGAGAAGGAAAUAAAGGAUAAGGCAUCUAAUAUUGAGCAAGCUGAGCAGCGUUUGACCACUUUGAGUUUGGAGUUGAAGGCUGCUGAGUCAAAGAUUACGAACUAUGAUAUAGAAAUAUCAGCCUUAAAGCUCCAAAUCAAGGAGUUGGGCCAGAAGUUAGAGAGUGCAAAUGCUUCUGCACAAUCAUAUGAAAGAGAAGCUAGGAUGCUGGAGCAGGAAAAGAUUCACUUAGAGCAGAAGUACCAAGCCGAGUUUAAUAGAUUUGAGGAAGUCCUGGACAGGUCUAAAGCAGCUGACAGAGAAGCUAAAAGAUUAACUGAGUUGGCUGAUAAAGUGAGAGCGGAAGCAGUCACUGCCCAGCAGGAGAAGAGUGAGAUUCAACGAAUAGCAAUGGAAAGAUUGGCACAAAUUGAGAGGGCUGAGAGGCAACUUGAAAGUUUGGAGAGGCAAAAGGCCGACUUAUCUGAUGAAGUAGAUAGAUAUCGAGCUGCUGAAAUGGAUGCUUUGUCUAGAGUCGCAACGUUGGAGGCCAGAGUUGCAGAACGUGAAAAAGAAAUUGACUCGGUUUUGGAAUCAAACAAUCACCAGAGGAAGAAUACAGUUCAGGUACUUGAAAGUCUGCUGGAGAGUGAGCGUGCUGCACAUGCAGAAGCAAACAACAGGGCAGAGGCCUUGUCUGUUCAGUUGCAAGUUACACAAGGAAAGCUCGACGAACUUUCACAAGAAUUAACUGCUCUUAGAUUUAACGAAAAAACAUUGGAUGGCAAACGAAGAACCGCUUCCCAUGGCAAACGUGGUAGGACAGAUGACUAUGGAAUGGGCUUCGACUCGGUUCAGGAUACAGGUGAAAAUGACAGAGUAACCAGAGGAAAUAAGAGGUCGAAAAGUACAACUAGCCCUCUAAAGUUUUCAAGUCCGGAAGAUGGUGGUUCUGAACGAAGAACCGCUUCCCAUGGCAAACGUGGUAGGACAGAUGACUAUGGAAUGGCCUUCGACUCGGUUCAGGAUACAGGUGAAAAUGACAGAGAAACCAGAGGAAAUAAGAGGUCGAAAAGUACAACUAGCUCUCUGAAGUUUUCAAGUCCGGAAGAUGGCGGUUCUGUAUUCAGAGGUGAUGAACAAACCGAUAGCCAACAAACCAGUGCGGAGGACUAUACUAAGUUUACAGUACAGAAACUAAAGCAGGAGCUUACCAAACACAAUUUUGGUGCUGAGCUGCUUCAAUUGAAGAAUCCCAAUAAAAAGGACAUUCUCGCUCUCUAUGAGAAAUCUGUCCUGCAGAAGUCCUAAUUUGGAUCAUUGAUUAGUCUAUAAUGGGUAAAAAGUUGUAUGAGUCAGUUUUAGUGCAGAGUUUGGAUAAUGGUUUGGUUAUUACUUCGUUUGAGUUUAGUUCUCGGGCACAUAUGUUGUAACUAAGUAACUUCCAAAUAUAUAUUUCUAUAUUACGUAAAAUACUGUUUGUGGGCUCGUCUGAUUUUUGUUCAA